AUGGACGAGAAGCGAGCAGCGUACACGGCCUCGCGCUUUAAAUCGAGGAAAUUGGCAAUUAUUGGAGGCAGUGCACUACUCCUUGUAGUCAUUGCUGCUGCUGUUGCUAUACCACUCGUGUUGACUAAGAACAAAGGAAACAAGGAUAGUUCGUCUUCUCCAGGCUCUGAUUCUGGUGGUUCCUCUGGAUCUGGACAGACUAAUCCUGGUUCCCGCGUGGUCACUGGAGGGGAUGGGAGCAAAAUUAACAUGGAAGAUGGCACUGAAUUCACAUAUUCCAAUAAAUUCGGCGGUUACUGGUAUUUUGAUCCUGAGGACCCUUUCAACAAUGGGGCUCGCCCUCAAUCUUGGUCUCCCGCGUUGAACGAGACCUUCAAAUAUGGCAUUGAUAUCAUUCGCGGUGUCAAUUUGGGAGGCUGGCUCAACACCGAACCUUUCAUCACCCCUGCACUUUAUGAGCGGUACCUCAAUUCCAACCCAGUAGCUGUUGAUGAAUGGACACUCAGCCAGAACAUGCGCGCCGACUCUGCAAACGGGGGCAUAAACCAGCUUGAGGAUCACUACAGGACUUUCAUUACCGAGCAAGACUUCGCGGAGAUUGCUGGAGCAGGCCUCAACUUCGUGCGCAUUCCUCUUCCUUACUGGGCAAUUGAAACUCGUGGAAACGAGCCAUUCCUGGCAAAGACAUGCUGGACAUACUUCCUCAAAGCGAUAGAAUGGGCUCGCAAAUAUGGUCUUCGCAUCAAUCUUGACUUGCACGCCCUUCCAGGCAGUCAGAACGGUUGGAACCAUUCCGGAAGGCUCGGCACUAUUAACAUGUUGAAUGGGCCUAUGGGCUACGCCAACGCUCAGCGUUCACUUGACUAUAUCCGCAUUCUGGCCGAGUUUAUAUCCCAGCCUCAAUACAAGGAUGUCGUCGUGAUGUUCGGGAUUACGAAUGAGCCUCAGGCUUCUGUUGUCGGCCAGGAUCAGCUUUCGCGAUAUUAUCUACAGUCUUACGAUAUCGUACGCAAAGCAGGUGGAACUGGAACUGGCAACGGUCCUAUGAUUUCAUACCAUGACGGUUUCCUUGGCACGACCAACUGGGCUGGUUUCUUACCAGGGGCUGAUCGUAUUGCCCUUGACCUACAUCCUUAUCUAGCAUUUGGCGGGCAGAGUGCGGACCCUGUCUCUUCCUUCGUACAAACGCCAUGCAAGGCAUGGGGCCCGAACUUCAACACCUCCAUGUCAGAGUUCGGUCUUACAGCAGCUGGCGAAUACAGCAAUGCGAUUACCGAUUGCGGACUCUUCGUAAAUGGUGUUAACCUGGGAACCCGGUACGAAGGUACCUAUCCAGGCAGUUCUACAGCAGUCGGCAGCUGCGACCAAGUAAUUAACUGGCAAAGCUGGAGUGCUGAUCUCAAAGAGCAGUACAAGGAAUACGCUAUGGCAAGCAUGGAUGCUCUCCAGAAUUGGUUCUUCUGGACCUGGAAGAUUGGUAACUCGUCAACCACAAACACUGUUAUGGCUCCUCACUGGUCGUACAAGCUUGGCCUCGACAACGGCUGGAUGCCACUGGAUCCUCGUGACAGUGUUGGCAAGUGCGGAGGCGCAGCCCCCUUCAACGGUCCCCUGGCUCCAUCCGCGACUGGCGGAUCGGGAGCAGAUACCAUUCCUACAUCCGUCUUGAGCUCACUUGCAUGGCCGCCGGCAACUAUCAGCGCCGCUGGUCCGGUCACUGCACUUCCUAGCUACACACCGACAGGUGCCGUGCCAACAUUGCCAGCACCUACAUUUACUGCCACGAGUGGAAAAUCGGUGAGCACCGCAUCAGCGGGCAGCGGAUGGCAGAACCCGUCGGAUAACGCAGGCCUGAUGACCGACGCCGCGGGAUGCAACUAUCUUGACCCGUGGGUUGGACCAACCGCCGCUCUACCAGUUCCACUUUGCGGCGCGGCCGCAGCGACGAAACGAGCUGAGGUGACUGGUGUACCAAUCCGACGAUGA